CUCCCUCUGAAGGGAACACAUACAUUUUAGCCUUUGCAGACCAUUUACAUGCCAAGAAACCUGUAUAACAAUACAGGAAAGGGUACCAUUUAUUGUUCAGUUUGGAUUAUUUGUUUGCUGCUUGCAUACAUUUAUGGUGUUUGUGUAACAUUACGUUUCCCCAUUUCGGUUUUUUUAAGGGGUGAUUUAUUGUUUGGGAAAAAGUUAAAUUUUCCUGCCAAAUUUGAAAUGUUAAAUCAAAGGACACAAGGAAUAGGAAGUGCUAUAACCGAGCUAUCAUUUAAAAGCCGAUUCCAGCAACUCCGAUAGGUCAGUAAAUACAAAGCAGAAUUCCCCUCCUACCUGUUUACAAUAAUCUGUCUCAUUAAGCCGCUGUGUAAACCUUCAGUUGUUCCUACUGCAUUUUAUCAUGAAAUACAAGGCACAAUAAUGUGUCAUCAAGAAAGAACUACAACUCCCAAAGUGCCCUGGGCCACAGCCGCGUAGGUGUUUCCGGUGUCUUAUAACAUUUUACUUCCUUCCACACAGACCGACACGAACAAAUCGAGAAAGAAGACGUCGCUAACUUUAAAAUACCGUCGCUAACGGUGGUGUUUUGAUCUGGUAGUUCGUAACAUUUCCACUCUAAAAAAUGCGCCAUGUGGCGAGUGGUGUGUAAGAAGUGAAUCAUUGUUAAGAAACGUAGAUUGUAACGUGUAGGCCUCCGAAGAAAGUUUGGUCGAGGGCCUGUAAACAACAUGUCCUCCGCCUCGCAGCCUUCCUCCAGACGGCAAUGGUGCUACCUCUGCGACCUACCGAAGAUGCCCUGGGCCAUGCUGUGGGAGUUCAGCGAGGCUGUGUGCCGGGGAUGUGUUAACUACGACGGGGCAGACAGGAUAGAGCUCCUCAUUGAGACUGCCAGGCAGCUGAAGAGCACACACGGAGUUUUAGACGGCAGGUCCCCCGGUCCCCAGCAGGGUAAACCCAGCUCGGUCGGGCCCCUUGAUGCAGGUCGGCAGCAUGGAGAGCGUAUAGAAAGGGGGAGGGGUGAGUACGGGGUGUCUUCUCGUCUCCCAAAUGGCCUGCACAGAGCUGACGAUGUGGGCUCGGAGGGCAGCAGACAGAGCCCAAACACCCGCCGGGCUAUAGUCGGGGCAGUUCCUAGUCUUCAUGGAGCAAUAUCUCAUGCUUUGAUAGCUCAGGGGUUAGUAGCAGCACCUCAUGGGCUUCUAACCCCCUUAUCAGGCUCCAGGGCUGGGGGCACACCAAUUGCAGCUGGCCCUAUUAUGGGAGAAGGUGGCAGAAGGCAGGUUGUGUCCCUGGGUGUGGGAGCUAGCACCUCAGCUCUGGUGGGUAUAGAUCCUGCAGUGUGGAGGAACAAUGAGGUGAUGGCAGAACUGAAUGAGGUGGCUCGCAGCCGGGUUGAAGGCUGGCCAAAUCGCCCCAAAGCAGUCAGGGAUGUUCUUGUAGCUCUCAGCAGCUGUGUCCCCUUCAAUGUGCGCUUCAGGAAAGACCAUAAUCUGAUGGGUCGUGUUCUGGCCUUUGAUGCCAGCACAACUCCAGAGUUUGAGCUGAAGGUGUUUGUGGAGUACCCAGCUGGCUCUGGAAUGAUCUUCUCAGGAGUCCCUGACCUGGUCAGGCAGAUGUUCCGUGACUCAGCCAAAGAUGCAGGUAAAGCGGUGAACUCUGGGCUACGCUAUGUGGAAUACGAGAAGCGGCAAGGCACUGGAGACUGGCGUGGGUUGUCUGAGCUGUUGAAUGAUGGUGUGCGAAUGUUUAAAGAGCCCCCCAUUCCAGAGGUCCUGCCACAGCCAGACGCAGGUUUGCCUAUGGCAGCAGCUGGACGCCCUGCAGCAGCAAAGAACACCACCCGGCGUCGCAAGGCUUCUCCGGGCUCUGAGAACGGAGAGAGCGAAGGCAGGCCUGAUCACCCGGCGAGAGAGCCCUGGCCACGAGGUGCUUACUCAGGCAUGGAGCCUCUUCCUGGCAUGGCUGCCCCUCAGGAGGGUCCACCCCGUCUACACAGCCAGCCCUCACCCAUCUCAGCGCUCAUGGGAGUCGCAGACAGCCUGAGCUCCAGUCAGAUGGCCAGAGAUAGCCCCAGCAUGUCCACAGCCCAUUCCUCCUCAGCUGGGCGCCCCACCAGCAGCAGCCCAUCCACUUCCUCCACCUCCGUCUCCCAGGCAGCCUUGGGUCAGGGUUUGAGUGCGGGGGGGCCGAGCACCAACGCCAGUGCUGGUGAGUCUACGAGCAGCUCUCAGGGCACCCUGCUGUGCUGCACCCUCUGCAGAGAGCGCCUGGAGGACACUCACUUCGUCCAGUGUCCGUCUGUCCCGCACCACAAGUUCUGCUUCCCCUGUACCAGAGGAUUUAUCCGCAGCCAGGGUCAGGGUGGGGAGGUGUACUGCCCCAGCGGAGAGCGCUGUCCCCUGGCUGGUUCCUCGGUGCCUUGGGCCUUCAUGCAGGGAGAGAUCUCCACCAUCCUGGCCGGAGACGGAGACGUGACAGUAAAGAAGGAGAGCGACCCUUGACGUCUCCAUCUUCUUGUGGUGAAUGUAGUACAGGGUUCUGAGCU